UCGUUGCCUUAGUCAACCCAUCACAAGGUCAGCGUCAGUUUAGCGCAGACAUGAUGUCUCUUGCUGCCCGGUCAGGGGCAUUUUCCCCUUACAUGCAGGCUACAGCUGUUGCUGUUGCUGGUCCUCUAAAAGCUCUGAUACCCGGGAUUGUGGUAACGGGAGAGAAAAUUUUGUUAGACCCGAAAAAACAGUUCCUUUGCCGUGAAUCGCUUAGCGGCCAGAGCCCAAAGACGGGGCCUGCAGUGACUGUUAGCAUCAAUGGCUCUGCAGGAGUCCGAUUUGCCCACACAGAUGUCAGGGUACCGGACUUCAGUGACUACAGGCGUCCAGAGGUGCAAGAUCCAGGCAAGUCCUCUCAGGAGAGCAGUGAGUCCAGGAGAACCUUCUCGUACCUGGUCACCGGGGCCUCAACCGUAGUGGGUGUCUACGCUGCCAAGACAGUGGUCAGUCAGUUUGUAUCUUCCAUGAGCGCCUCCGCUGACGUCCUGGCCCUGUCCAAGAUUGAAGUGAAGCUGGGCGACAUCCCCGAAGGCAAGAACAUGACCUUCAAGUGGAGAGGCAAACCGCUCUUCGUUCGUCACCGCACAGAGAAGGAGAUCGCCACCGAAGCCGAGGUGAACUUGGCAGAGCUGAGAGACCCUGAGCACGACAAGGACAGGGUCCUCAACCCCAGCUGGGUUAUCGUCCUCGGAGUGUGCACACAUCUGGGCUGUGUGCCCAUCGCCAACGCUGGCGACUACGGAGGUUACUACUGCCCGUGCCACGGCUCUCACUACGACGCCUCAGGCCGCAUCAGGAAAGGCCCCGCCCCCCUGAACCUGGAGGUUCCAUACUACGAGUUUGCAGACGACGAAACUGUGAUUGUUGGAUAAAUAAUAACACUGCCCCCUUCCCACUGAGCUCUCAUUGUACAACAGCUUUCACUUGAUUUUAAAGCGUCUCUGUAGUGAUGCUGGUGAGGAAAUGUUCAGGUGUAAUAAUGUGUUAAACUGAUCGCAUCAAUAACGCAUGUGGAAAUGUUUAGCUCUCUGCAAGUCCUUCAUCAGUGUCUCAAUCUUGGGUUUUAAAUGCAAAUCAUUUAAAUAUGGUGUCUGAGUCAUAGGUGAACACUGAGAAGAUGCCAUCCUUCCUGCUGUGCUCGCCAGUGAAUGUCAUGAGGACAUGAAAUAAAAAACACCUGCUCUUCUUAAGUUAUAGUCCAUCUAAUUAGAAAAUAACAGAUGUGUGUUGAGGUCUGUUUAAUAAAGAUUUCUAUUUUAUUUGA